AUGGCGGAUGGGAAGAAUAAAAUAGUGUGGAAUGAAAAGGACAGGAAAUUCGAGACGGAGGACAAGGAAGCGUACCUGGAGUACGAGAUGAGAGGCGACGGCGGCAAAGUCAUGGACAUAACACACACCUACGUGCCUCCGAGCAAGCGCGGCCUCGGCCUCGCCGCGCAUCUCUGCGUCGCCGCCUUUACGCACGCUCGGAAUCACUCCUGCUCCGUCGUCCCCACUUGCUCCUACGUCUCCGACACAUUUCUUCCACGGAAUCCAGAUUGGAACUCCAUUGUGCACAAGGAAGACGGUGGAUCAUCAUCCACCAUUUGAAUGUAUUCCAAGAAAGGCCAUGUUUGGCUGCCUGUAAUUUUUCAUACUGCACUCUAUUACCUGCUGUCUUUGAAUAUCAAAUGUUUCCUUAAUAUAACAAAGACCUGUUUCCGACUA